CAGACCGCCAAUCAAUCAUCUUACCUGCAGUCACGUGACCUUUAGUAAAGGGACGUAACCCACAACUGCAAUGGCUCGGCUUAAAAUAUUUAGUUGUUUAUUGAUAUUUAUUUUCAUAAAUAUUGAUGUAUCACAUAGUGCAAGGAACAGAUCACCAUUCCAGUAUCAAGAAUGCCGGUUAGACCGAUCUUUAGGGGUCGGGAAGGAUUCGAUCUCACAGAGCGCCCCAACGGUGCCCGACUCUGCCCUGUGGGGUUCCUCAUUCACAACAGAUCGUCGCAUGCCCCACAUGGCCAGGCUUGAAGACCCAACAGGGGCAUGGACAGCAUCAGUCCAGAACUCACAGCAGUUCUUAGGCGUAGAUCUAGGAUCUGAGUACAUUGUGACGCAGGUCUACACUCAGGGUCGACAGGGCAGCGAUGAGUUUGUUACGGAGUUUACGCUUGAGUUCUCUAUGGAUAACAAGACAUGGGCAGAGUAUACAAAUGAGCUUGGUCUUCCUGAGAUUUUCCCUGGGAACUCUGAUGGUAAUGCAGUAAAGAAGAAUUCUCUGAUGUUCCCUGUGAUAGCUCGCUAUGUAAAGUUCUCACCACAGCGAUGGAACCAGUUCAUCUCCAUGAGGAUUGAUGUGCUUGGUUGUCCAUAUUACACAGAAGCAGUGAAGGUGGCCUCCAAUGGCUACAUCACAUACUCGCUGAUGAACGUUGCCACACGGACAGAGUCAGACCUGAUUAUCAUGAGGUUCCGAACUAUCAACCCUGAGGGAGUUCUUUUAUAUGCUGAUGGUAACCAAGGAGACUACAUUGCCCUGCAGUUGAAGCGAGGAUACCUACACUUCACCAUUGACCUGGGCUCCACUCCCCAGGUAUCGGGAGAGACAUCUAUUGUUGGAGCUAGUAUGUUGGAUGAUGGACGCUGGCAUGACCUCAUUAUCACUCGUAACCGAACCACGUGUGUACUGAUUGUUGACAGGCUGGAGUCGCGCUUCGAAGCCCAGGGUCUCUUCUAUAGGCUGGACCUGGAUAAAAUGAUCUACCUUGGAGGAGUUGACACCUUUAACAAGAAGGGCCUUUCUACUCGCUACAACUUUGAUGGAUGUAUUGACUUUGUCCGCUUUAACGGAAUUGCCAUGUUGAAGGACGCCCUUGCCCAGGGUCAAAUCCCAGGAAGAUUCCAAACUGUGGGCCCUGUUUCAGCUGGGUGCGCCAUCCGACCAGAUGUGCCAAUCACAUUUACUUCCCUUGAAUCCUACAUCUCCGUCUCCGGCGCUGCCUCCACAGGUGGGACAGUGCGUGUCAAAUUUCAAUUUCGGACCCAUGACGAGGAUGGCCUUCUUAUGUACCACCAGAUGUCUUCUGAAGCCGAAGUCAGGGUUCGAUUGGACCGAGAUGGAUUUGUCCAUUACAACGUCAAGACAAGUGACAAAGAUGUGGCUGUGGAGGAUGUGGUCAGAAACAUUGACAUUGAAAGUCCCACUCAGUCGUUCACGGAUGGUUUGUGGCACACAUUUGAGAUCUACAUUGACACAGAAAAGGUGAAUGUGACUGUGGACAGGAACGUGAAGGUCUCAACCAGAACAAUGAAUAUCAUUCCGGGGACAGACUUCUUCAUUGGUGGUUCACAGUUGCAUGCUGGAUUCCGUGGCUGCAUGCGUAAUAUUGCUGUCGCCAACCAACCCAUCGAUUUCACUAAUCAGUUGGCCGUUCAGCUGAAACUUGAGACAAACCUCGUUACAAUGGGCUCAUGCAGUAUCACUGACCGAUGUACACCCAACCCGUGUGAACAUAACGGCUUCUGUACGCAAGACUGGAACAACUUUUAUUGUAACUGUGAAAAUACAGGUUACAAAGGGGCUGUUUGCCAUAUCUCCCAGUUCCAGUUAUCAUGUGAGAUGCACAGCCAGUACACGAUCAUGGACGGCCAAGAGGAAGUGACUAUUGACCCUGAUGGUUCUGGGCCCAUUGAACCUUUCAAGGUCAUCUGCAAUGGCAAAACUGGUUCCUCGGUUCCCGUGGAAACCUGGAUCCGACAUGACAGCAUGGGCCUGAUCACAGUGAAUGGGUUCCAGGCGCCUGAUUAUUAUGUGCGUAAGAUCAACUAUGACACAGGCCUGAUGGGCCUCACAGAGGUGAUAGAGCGAGCAGUCAGCUGUAAACAGGAGAUCACAUACAAGUGUAACAACUCUAAACUUAUGGGCACCCUGGAAUCUGGCACAGUUGACCAGUUUGGAUUCCAGAAGACGUAUGGUUAUUGGGUAGGGAGAACAUUCCAGGAUAUGCAUUACUGGGGAGGCUCAGCCCCGGGAACUUACAAAUGUGAGUGUGGACUGACUGAGGAGGGAUGUAACGACAACAGCAAGUCAUGCAACUGUGACAGCCUCAAGGACACGUCCGACAGCGGCCUCCUGCUUCACAAGGACUACUUACCAGUGCUGGAGCUACAUUUUGGUGACACGGGAAGUCUAACAGACACAAAGAUUGGGCAACAUGAGCUCAAGGAGUUAAAGUGUGCUGGAGAUAACAUGUUGGACAACGUGAUCACGUUUCGUAAGAAAGAUGCGACUCUGGAAUUCCCGACAUUCGAGGGCGACAAGGCGGGUGACAUCUGGUUUCAGUUUAAGACAACUGCGCCUGAUGGCAUCAUGAUUCACGACACAGGGGAAACAGAGAACGACUUUAUUCAAAUUAGGAUGAUCAACGGUGACACUGUCCAGUUCCGGUACAACGUUGGUAACGGUAUCCAGGUGAUUGAGUACAAGACCAUCAACGGUCUUGCUAAUGACAUCUGGCACACAGUUCACGUGGAGAGAAACAGGAAACAGACAUGGCUCCGUGUAGACAACUUCCCAGAGGUUGUGCAUAAUGAACAACAGGAUGAGAUCACCCGACUGUUAGAGCUGACAAAGCCGUUGACAGUAGGUGCUGCUGUUGACCACCGUGAUGGCUAUGUUGGGUGUAUGCGUGGUCUACGGGUGAACGGUGUGCUGAUGGACAUGAGAGGCAAAAUCACACGAGGAGAGGAAACCUAUGGUGUUCAUGAGGGCUGUGUUGGAAAGUGUGCGAGUAAUCCGUGCUUCAACCAUGGCACGUGCCAGGAGGGAUAUGACCACUACACAUGCGACUGUGCAUACACACCAUUCAGAGGCUGGAUGUGUUUCAGAGAGGUUGGUGUGAACCUGCAGCCAAACUACAAGAUCAAGUACACGUUUGAUGAGCUGCAAGGUCUGUCCUCCUCUGACUUCCUGUAUAUCCGUGUGGGCUUCAUCACGAAGAAGAAACAGGGCAUCCUAAUACAGCUCCGAAAUGAGGCUAACACCGAGUACAUCUCUCUGGAGAUCAACAACAAUGGUGGUAUCAAGUUUUUCCUGAGUGUUGGUUUUCAGCCAUGGGAGUUGAACACACUGAACAACAACAUUGACUUGACCAACGGUCAGGCCCAUGAGGUUAUUAUUCGACGAGAAAAUGGUGGCAAGGAUGUGUAUCUGCAGGUUGACAACUACGAACCUGUCACGAAGAAGCUUGGAGAAGACAUCUCUGAUACCAUUCUAGACAAUCCAAAAUACCUCUUUAUUGGAAACAAUGACACGGCAAACACAGCGAAGGGUUUCGAGGGUUGUAUCUACCGUAUGCAGAUUGAUAACAUCUUCCCCUUAAAGAGAGCCUUCCAGGACCCGCAACCUUCCUUCAUCGAGCCCGAACCAGAGGACAAGAUCCGGGAAGACAUGUGUGGUUUUGAGGAGAUCACACGAGAAUCAGAUCCAAUUGAGGUGCGGCCGUACGGACCGACAUAUGUGAAUCUCACACUCCCACCUCCCCCGCAGGACCGCUCUGAGGAGAAACGAACCAUUGUCGGAGUGACUGUUGCCGGGGCUUUCCUCAUCUUCCUAGUCAUCUUGCUCGUGUUCUUCAUCUACUUCCGCCAGAAGGGCGAUUAUGAAACUAAGGAAGCGAAGGGCCAGGAGAAUGCAGACAAUCCUGACGCAGCCAUUGUAUUUUGCAAUACUGGAGUCCCUGAGAUAUCGAAACGACAAGAAUGGUUUAUGUAGAAACGUUGAGACAAUUACAUUUUUAUUCAGCGUUAUGCUCAUUAAGUACAGCCAUGUGAUUUUAGUGUUUGUAUAUAUUACUUGUAAAUACCAUUCAAUUAAAUGUGUAUAUAGAUUAUAGAUUAUGUGAUGUUAAUUUUUAUCCAGUUCUGUUUUUUUCAAAUAUUUGUGUUUCAUGUUAUCUGUUUAAGCAAUUUCAUGAAUAAUAAGUAGUGAACAUGGAAAUUUUAUAAGCCAACAAAUUGUUACUGCUAUUUAUAUUAAAUGAUGUCUUUUAAUGCUCUAAAGAGUGUAUUUUUUUCCAAUAAACUAAUACAACACA